UUUAUUUUCACGCUUUCUUCCUCAGAUAUGCUGCUGCAGAACCCUGUUUAAUUUCCUUCUUCUUCUAUUUUUUUAUUCACAUUCUCUUCCUCAGAUAUGCUGUUGCAGAACCCUGUUUAAUUUCCUUCUUCUUCUUUUUUUAUUCACAUUCUCUUCCUCAGAUAUGCUGCUGUAGAACCCUGUUUAAUUUUCUUCUCUUUUUUUAACUCACAUUCUCUUCCUCAGAUAUGCUGCUGUAGAAGCCUGUUAAAUUUUCUUCUUUUUUUUAACUCACAUUCUCUUCCUUAGAUAUGCUGCCGCAGAACCCUGUUUGAUUGAGUCUCAACGUUCUCAUAUGUGACGUCACUCGCUUGAUCGCUGCCCCGCGAGAGCACAGAGAGAGCAGCGAUAGCACUCUGCUGUUGUUGGUGCUCUUUCUCGGGCACAGAACGGGAUUGUAGUCUUCGUCCAUGCGGUUUAUUAAACUCCUUCCUCAGUGAAAAUUAAUGCACUGGGGGUGCAUGGUUGCCGACUCCAAAAUAGCGGCCACACUGAAACGUCAGCUCCAAUCAAGAGGACCUGGCUGCAGACGGCUGGAGAUGAAGAUUCUCUGGGUGAUUCUAGUGGCUUUCUCAGGACUAAUGGAGACCAUGUCAGUACGUUUGAAACUAGUUGGAGCAGCUGCUCCUCUUGUUGCUGAAGCUGGAGAAGAUCUGGUUCUGCCCUGUUCUCUCCAGCCCAGCAUCAGUGCUGAGGAUAUGAUGGUGGAGUGGUUCAGACUGCAUGAGACAGACACACUAGUUCACCUGUAUGAAGAUUUUGAAGACAGAAAUGGAGAUCAGAUGGAGUCUUACAGAGGGAGAACAGCUCUGUUUAAAGAAGAACUGAAGAAAGGAAACGCCUCACUGAUACUCUCAGCUCUCCAACCUUCUGAUGAUGGAGCUUUCAAAUGUUUGAUUAGAUCAUUUGGCUGGUAUGAUGAUGUGACUCUGUAUGUUGAAGUUAAAGGAAAAGGAUUUCAUGGUUGGAAGAUUGCCAGUAUCUGCAUUUUUGUUUUUGCUGUUAUUUUAACUGCCUUUAUAGCAUACAUCUUAAAAGAUAAAUACUCUGAAAAGCAGCUCUCUCCUAUACAGUGCUCAGUUAUAACCUACAUGCGUCUCCACGCCGAGAAUCCCCGCAAAGAGCUGAACCUGAGGAAAUUCAGAACAACAGACAAAGGAUACAGGAGACUCAUUCCAGCUAUCACAAACUGCAGGAAGGCUCAAUUAGCUGGCUGCAAUCUCACUGAGAAGUCUAUUGAAACCUUAAGUACAGCUCUACAGUCAGAAAACUCUGCCCUGAAAGAGCUGGACCUCAGUAACAACAACCUGCAGGGAUCAAAGAUGGAGAAACUCUCUGCUGCAUUAAAGAGUUCAAACUGUAAACUGGAGAUACUCAGAUUAUCUGCCUGUAAACUCAGUAAACACUCAUUUGAGAAUCUGCAGUCAGUUUUGCAAUCAGAAAACUCCUCACUGAAAGAGCUGGACCUCACUAACAACAACCUAGAGGAUUCAGGAAUGGAGAAACUCUCUGCUGGACUGAAGAGUUCACACUGUAAACUGGAGAUACUCAGACUUGUUACGUGUAAACUCAGUAAACAGUCCAUUGAGACUCUUCAGUCAGUUUUACAAUCAGAAAACAACUCUCUGAAAGAGCUGGACCUCAGUAAUAAUGAUCUGCAGGAUUCCAUAGAGAAACUCUCUGCUGGACUCAAGAGUUCACACUGUAAACUGGAAACUUUCAGACUAGCUUUGUGUAAUCUUGGGGAACAGACCUGUGACAGUCUGGGAUCAGUUUUAAAACUAGAAACCUCCCUGAAAGUGCUGGAUCUCAGUAAUAAUGACCUGCAGGAUUCAGGAGUGGAGAAACUCUGUUCUGGACUGAAGAGUUCACACUGUAAACUGGAGACACUCAGGUUAUCUGGUUGUAUGAUCACAGAGAAAGGAUGUUCAUCUCUGGCUUCAUCUUUGAGCUUAAACCUGAAAGAACUGGAUCUGACCUACAAUAACCCAGGAGACUCUGGAGUAAAGGAGCUCUCUGUAAAAAUGAAGGAUCCACACUGCAAACUCAGCACACUCAGGGUGGAGCAUGGAGGAAUUAUCAGAAUGAAAACAGGACUAAAGAAAUACGGCUGUGAUCUCACACUGGAUCCAAACACAGCGCACCCAGUUCUCACUCUGAGUGAAGAAAACAGGAGAGUGGAGUGUGGAGUGAGGCAGCCGUAUCCUGAUCAUCCAGAGAGAUUUGAUGAGUGGUGUCAGGUUCUGAGUAGAGAGAGAGUUACUGGACGCUGUUACUGGGAGGCAGAGUUCAGCAGAGGAGGAGCUGUUGUAGCUCUGAGUUAUAAAACCAUCAGCAGGAAAGGACGAGGUUCAGACUCAGGGUUUGGAGGGAAUGAAAAGUCCUGGAGUCUGGAGAUCGAUAAUAACAGAUACUUUAUUCAUGACAAUAAAAACAGUUACUCUGUUCUUCACAAUGAUAACAGAACUGCUCUCCCUCCUCCUCCCUCUCCCUCUUUCACAGUAGGAGUGUAUGUGGACUGUCCUGCCGGCACUCUGUCCUUCUACACUAUCUCCUAUCAUACACACACACCCUCCUCACACACACCUUCACACACACACCCACACACACACCCUCACACACACACACACCUACACACAUUCUACACCACAUUCACUGAAGCGCUCUAUGCUGGGUUUGAUGUUUGGGGUUCUUUACGUAUCUGCGAUAUAGAAUAAACUUAUUUGACACUAGUAAUUUACUUUGGAAAACUCCCCGUUACUGAGUAAAAAAUAAAAUGCUGGGGAAAAAAAUAAGUAAACCAAUACAGAACACGAUUUGUUCCAUAUUUCCAUAAACGUCCAAUCCACAUGUCUGACACUCACAUCCACCCUAAACCCCUCCUCCCUCCGCUCCUCUCUUCUGUGUGCUGCUGCUGGUACCUUUUUAAGUCUCCACCACAGACAGU